AUGGAUAACAGAGAGAGCAGAGAGAGAUCUUCAUCUCCAGAACCAAGCUGUGUGUCUAUGAAGAGUGACGGAUCCAUGGAUCCUCCUGUUAAAUUCAGUGAUGAAACAGUGACUCCAGAUCAACUGCCGACUUCUCAGGCACAGGGUCCAACUUGGGCCAGAAGGAACCACUCGUCUAAGCGGCUGCGUUUGGGUUCCUCAGGCGCAGACCACUCCAGACCGAGCUACUCAACUGCUUUAGACAGCACAUGGGUGAGCUCUGAGUCGAUUGAUGCCCUGGCAUCAAUUGGUUCAAAAGACGGCAAGGGGGGCAGGGUCAGGAAUAUCUCCAGGAAGACGAAGAGACGGAGAUCUUCCAGCUGUGUGUCUAUGAAGAGUGAUGGAUCCAUGGAUCCUCCUCUUAAAUUCAGUGAUGAAACAGUGACUCCUGAUCAACUCAGAGUAGAUGGAGAGCGAAGCAUCUCUCGAGGAGCCGCCUCAGACUGUCUGAAUAACAUUUUAAGGAACGUUACGGCAUCCCUGAAUAGACAUGAUCAACCAAUAAAUUAUGAACUACAGAGAGUCAAAGACAGACACAAAACCAGCAUGAAGAACAAGUAUGAGAGAUUAUUUGAGGGAAUGAAGCUCCAAGAGAAUGAAACCCUCCUGAACAGGAUCUACACACAGCUCUACAUCAUAGAGGGAGAGAGUGAAGGAGUGAAUGAAGAACAUGAGGUUUUACAGAUGGAGAAAACCGAGUUUUAUCCUUCCUAG